UGUUUUAAGUAAAAAAGAUAUUAAUGAAAAAGUUAAUAUUGAAUCAGAUAUCUUUAGAGAUGUUGGAAAGCUCAAUAACGAAAAAAUAACACAUAGUCAAAAAGAAGAGAAAAGUGUUGAAGAAAAUUUAAGAAAUAUUUGUGAUGUUACAUCGUUAAAUGAAGAAAGUUGCUCUAACCAGGAAAAAUUACAAAAUAAUGAAACUUCUGGUACCUUAGUUAACAUUCGCCUAAGCGAUGAAAUCAAUCUGAACAAAUCAACAAAAGAAAUCGAAUUAAAAGUGAAUAAGAAAUAUUGUGAUAUAGAUAAUGGCAUUAACACUGUUAGAAAGAUAUAUUCAAAUCCCAUGGGUAAUGAUUUUGUAGGACAAACUAGUUUAUGUGAAACAUUAAUCAAAAAUGCUGAUGUUGAUAACGAAUAUUAUUCUGGAUCAACUGAAACAGACUUACAGAUUGCAGAACAUAAAAAUAAUUCCAAAAGUAGGAGUGUAAGAAUAAUAAUAGAUAGUGAAUCUGAAGAAGACACGCAAACGAGCGAGAGUUAUAAUUUUCCCCAAAGGGUUCGUCAUACUACAUGCACUACUGCUAAAAGCUAUCAGGCUUUAAUUGAUUCAGAAUCAGAGGAAGAAAAACAAAAUGAAGAAACAGAAUCUGAAAAAAAUACACUAGCAAGCGAGAGUAAUAACUUACCUCAAACGGUUCUUACUGGUGAAAAUCAAAUUUUAGUAGAUUCUGAAUCAAAGGAAGAAAAACAAAAUCAAAAAACGAAAAGCGAUACUCAUAUCGUAUUUAAUGAAACAUCUGGAUUUAAUGAAAAUAAGGAUGCUAAAGAAAAACCUCUUAAAAAGAGAGGGGGCUCUAUAAGAGCUUCUAAAGAUGAGGCAAUGCGUCAGAUACAUAGCGAAAGUCAACGUUUAUUGAGAGAAACAGAAAUUUCUUUACCAUAUCACAGGCCAAAACAGCGUACAUUACAAGAAUUCUUGAAUAGAAAAAGAAUAUCAGCUGCUUUUCCGAAAGCACCUUCAACGGCAGCGAAACUUAAGAUGUCAUCUGCGAUAGUAAGUCAGGUGCUUGCGGAAAAGGAAAAAGAAGCAGAACUUUUUUACAAAUCUUCAGAUUCGGAAGAUGAUGUACAAUCUAUGCCUUUGGUUAGUAAAAAUAUAAAAAAAUGUUCCAUUAGAAAUGAAAGAGAGAUGUCAUCAAUAUGUAUUGAGCAUACACGUAUUCAAAAUCCUAAAAGGUUUGAAACAAGUAAUCAACAUUCUCAAGCUAUCAGAAAAGAGAUUGUACAGAAAAAUCAUUUAGAUGUUAAUGCGUGUGAGGUGUUACUUCAAAAUGAAUUUUGCGAAGUAGCUCAUCGAGUUGUAGAGUUAGCUUCCUCAGUAGAUGAUAACUGUAAUGCGAACAACGGAUCUGAUACAUUACUAUCACAGAUAACAAAUGAAUAUAAUCAAAAUCUUCCAAAAAUUAGUUUAUCAAAAAAAUUGGUUGACAUACAUUUUGAAAAUGAUGGUUGUGAAAUAUAUCUCGAUGAACAAGAAGUAACAGAAAAAGAAACAGCUAAAACUAUUAUUUCUUUGAAUAAGGAGAAAUGCAUUAAUGACGACAAAAAGUUAAAAAUUACUGUGACAGAGAAUCAAAUAUCAAAAGUGCAUCAAGGUGAUUCCGAUGUAAUUAACAGAAGAGAUAAAAAUUUGGUUACAGAAGCAACGAAAAUAGGAACAGCUUCUAAUAGCAUAAAUAGUAAGGGAGUAACUGAAACAUUUCAAAAUGAUAAUGACACAACAGAUAAAAUUAUGUGUUCAAAUUCUGAUGAGUGUACUACACAGGAUAUAAAUAAUGAAAAAAAAAAUCAAUAUUCUAAAAUAAAUGACGUAUCGUCAUCAUCUCUUAUAAUUAAUGACACUCAAUCAAAAAUUCAAUAUAAUUCUUCAGCAGAUGAAUGUGAAAAAAUUGAUGGUCACCUACAAAGUUUACUUCUUUCAAAAUCCGCAGACGAGACUUUCGCGAAUAGGAAAAAGUUAUCAGCAUUAGUAUCCAAUUCGAAAAUUGCAUUAAGAGGAUCGCCAGGUAUGAUUAUUGAUCUAACAGACGAUGCAAAAUCAAAUGUAAAAGGUGUAAAUAUCUUAUUAAAUAGAUUUUUCUGUAAACAUGUUAAUUCAAAAAAACAGAAUGAUAAUAAAUCUGAAAUAACUGCUGUACACUUACAAAACACGCAGAAUAAUCUUCCAAUUAAAGAAGUACUUCCAUACAAGACACCUGUUAACAUUGAUGAUUCUGAAUUGAAUAAGCCUGGAGCAAAAUUAAUGCGUUUAAAGGAAGAUUUGAAAUUACAAAUGAUUUUAAAGCGUAACAAAGUAUGGAAACUGAAAGAAAUAAAGCAGCAAACGCAGGAGGAAGAAUGGAAUAGAGAGGAAAAAGAUGAUUAUAAUUUAGAUGAACAAGAACAAGCUGAACUAGAUUUUGAAUUGAGUGACAGUGAAGAAAGCGAACUCGAAGAGAAUGACGUUUGCAUUAAAGAUAAGAAAAAGAGUAAAUGCCUAUUUGCAGAUGACGAAGCUGAAGUUACAGACAAUGAAGAUUCAAGUACAGAAGAGACGUGUGAUGAAAGUAAGGAUUAUAUAGAAUAUAGUAAACAGUCUAUAAAUUUCAAAUAUAGAAAAGAAUACAUGGACAACGAUGUAAGUGAAUUAGAAACCGAUCAAGAAGAAGAAAAUGAUGAUGACGAAGAUAAAUAUGAAGAAGAAGGAAAAGAAGAAAAUGAAAAAAGUUUAAAUGCAAAUAUGGAGAAUGGAAAUGAAUCUGAUUUUAAAGAUGUUGACAAUGUUAAUACUUGUGAAAGCUUUAACAUUACUAAAAAUGAUAGAAAAACGAGAAAGUUAAUAGAAGAGUUCCAAAACGAUUCAAACGAUACAAAUCCGAGCUAUUUACAAAAUGAAAGCAGUCAAUUAAAUAUGCCGACAGACGUAGAUGCAUCUAAAACACAUUGCGAUGAUAUUGAUUGGAUAAGUGAAAAUGAAAGCAAUAUGCCUGUUUGUCAACAAGAAAUUACUACAAGAAGCCAGAUAUGUAAGACACCUUUGACGAAAACAAGUAUGCUCGAUUUGGUUUCUCCUAUAACGCAAUUAAGCGUAUUGAAUACUACCUUAGAAAAUGAAAAAGAUUCAUCACAAAAAAGAGAAUGUCUAGUUGAUAAAUAUGAAUUCUUUUCUAUGAAAAGUACACAGAAUGAUGAACUUUCUGAACAUAUAUGUGAUGUAAAAAAUAAAUCUAUUUCAAAAAAAAAACUGUUCGAUGAUAUUGGAGAAACUGUUGAUGAUGAAUAUCUUAUGCGAUUGUGUUCUGGUAAAUUUGAAUCUCCGCAGAGAACUGAUACAAAUUUAUUUUCGCAAUCUAAUAUCACUGAAUUGCAGUUACGUGACUCUAAAUGUUCUAGAAAUUCUAACGCAAAAUUAGUUGCUGUUAAAUUAAAAAAUUCAAAAGACAAAAUUCUUCAAAAUAUAAAAUUGACGUUAGAUGAAGAUUCUAAUAAUUCUGUAAAUCAUGCAAAGAAAAUAAAUAUAGUUAGCGCAAUGGAUUUGGAACUAAAAUUAAAAGUUACGUCCUCGGAUGACGAGGAUGAAGAUACAUUUCUAAAACCUAAAAAACGUUUAGUCAAAGUAUUGAAUUUGUCUGAUUCGGAAGAGGAGAAUUCUCAAUUCUUCGAUAAAGAAGAUGAUAUAAAUAGUGAAGAGAAACAAUAUGUUGAUUACGAUUCCGAGGAAAAUGAAAUGAUAAUUGUGCCAGAAAAGGAUAUAAAAAAAGUUGCAGCUGGUUUUGUGGAAGAAGAAGCAGAGUUAAGUGAAAGUGAUUGGGAUUCUGCCGAUGAAGACGAGAAGAACUUGGAUAAAUUAGAAUUUGAAGAAGCUGAUGAUGAACACAUAGACGAACACGAAGUGAAAGAUCAACUGGAAAAGAUCCAUAUAAAACAAAUAUUAGAUGAAGAUAAAAGGGAAGUGAGAUUGCUGAAAGAAUUAUUAUUUGAGGAUGGCGAUUUACAUACUGAUGGAAUGGGACGUGAGCGUAAAUUCAAAUGGAAAAAUAUAGAUAAGUUAGGAAAUAAUAUUGAAAUGUCACAAAUAUCUGACGAGAACGAAGGCUGGGUGGACAUGCAAGAAGAUGAGGAAGAAGCAAAGUGGAGUAAACUUAAAAAUGAAAGAGACAGAUUUCUUGAGGAAAGAAUGAAGUGCUCAAAUAAUGAAAUUGAAGAUGAAUUAUGUCAUAGUAAAAUCUUUAAACUCGGACUGGAAGCUGUUAAAAAGAUCAAAGGUAAUGAGUCACAAACACGAGAUACUUCUCUCGACAAGGUAAAUUCUUUUGAGAAUAUAGAACCAAUUAUGCCACGGAAUAUAACAGAUCUCUUGAAUGGACCAAGUAUUGGGAAGAAAUCUCAGACGAUAUAUAAUGUUAUAAAAAAACGUUCACUCUUAACUCGAGGAGAAGAGUCAUUAGCGAGGAUAGCAUCAUUGGCAAAACAAGGUGACUCUGUCUCUCAUGCGGUAAAUAUAAGAAAUUUUAUCUUUCCACGUAUUGAUCAAGACACAAAUAAUACACUUAAAAAGGAGACCGAAAUAACAGCAGAUUUGGAUUUACAAAUUAAGGUACAUAAUUUAAUUAUAUAA